AUGGAUAGCAACGAAGCAUCAAUAUGUCCAUUAUGUCGUCAUGAAAAAGUUAAAAUUUUUGCGGUUGGUGAAUGUUCUCAUCCUGUAUGUCAUUUAUGUUCAACAAAAAUGCGUAUUCUUUGUGAACAAACAUAUUGUGCCAUAUGUCGACAGGAACUUCCGAAAGUAUAUUUUGUUUCGGAUCUUGCUGAUACUCAACCAUCAAUUGAUCCAUCUCGUUUUACACCUAUUGAUGAAACAGGUGACUGCGGAAUAUAUUAUCCAAUAAAAGCUGAUUGGAUACGUCGUGAAACUGAAAAAUUACUUCGCAAUUUUUGCCCAUUUUGUCAUUCUGAAUUUGAAACAUUUGAAAUCUUACGUGAUCAUGUACGCCGUACUCAUCGUUAUUUCUAUUGUGAUUUAUGUGUAGAACAUUUGGAUCUCUUUCCACAUGAAAGAAAAUGUUAUACUCGUCAUGAUCUUGUUCAACAUACACGUUGUGGUGAUCGUGAUGAUACAUCCUUUAAAGGUCAUCCAUUAUGUCGAUUUUGUGAUGAUCAUUUUCUUGAUGUUGAUCAAUUAUAUAAACAUAUGAGAAAAGAACAUUAUUAUUGUCAUAUAUGUACAACGGAUAGUGUUUAUUAUAGUGAUUUUGAUUUACUUCGUGAACAUUAUCGUUCGACUCAUUAUUUAUGUGAAAUUGAUCAAUGUAAAGAUGUACAAUUUACAAAUGUGUUUGCUUCUGAAACGGAUUUUCGUGCUCAUCAAGCAGCACAACAUAGUAAAAGUCGAGCUCAUGCAAGACAAUUAGGCGCAAUUGCUGUAGAAUUUCAAUCAUCAAGUACACGUGAUCGAAAACAACCACAUGAACCAGCUCAUAGAGGAGUAUUUAGAAGUGGUGAAUUUAAUACACAAGGAAAUACGAAUUCAUCGAGAAAUGAAAGAGAUGAUACUCAACCAGCUGUAGCAGCUGCAGUACCUACUAUUGAUGAAUUUCCAACUUUAGGUGAACGUUCAUCUACCCCACAAAAUGUUCCACAACAACGAGGUGCUUGGGUAAAUGAUUCCGCGAGAGGCAUACAUUCAACGACUGAAUUUCCAGCACUUACUGGUGCAGCUGCUAAUGUACCGAAUACAAACACACGCCAACCUGGAGGCAUUUGGCGAGAACAACAGCAGCAGCAACAAACAGCACCAUCAAUAUCUAUAAAUCAGAAUAAAACAUCAAAGAAAGUACCUUCAUCAGCGAAACCCGUAACAAAUGGAGUACUAAAAAUAUCUACAGCAGAAGAUUUUCCAACAUUACGAGGUGCUAGUAAUACAAAAAUACCUGCACCGGUCUCCAUGUUUUCAGCGUGGGCAACAGCUAAAAAAACAGCAAAAACUACUAAUGCAAGUGCAAAAGGAAAUCAACCUCAAAUGCGUAUGAAUACAAAUCGUUUAAUGAUUGAUGAUGAAGACGAAGAAUAUAUCAGACGACCAAUGACUUCUCUAACGACAAGUAGUACACCUAUGGCUGCAUCUAAUAUAACUUUAAUAUCAUCUACUGAUCUUUCUGCUAAUGAAACUGAGAGACAGAAUAAAAAUCAAUCAGUACCAAAAGCACAAGAUUUUCCUGCCUUACCAUCAACAGCUACCACAAAAAAUAAUAAAGGACCUUCUGGUGUUUGGACGAAUGACGCAGCAAAAUCACCUUCAACACAGCAGAAAAAGAAGAACAAUGGUAUGAGUAAAAAGAAAUUUAUAGAAGAAAUACAAUCAAUGCAUACACCACCAUCAUUAAAUUCUACGAAUGAUUUUCCAGCAAUGGGUUUAAAUGAACUUGGUCGACGUUUAAUUACUGAUGAUGAUGAACCAACUAAAAAUGUAAAAGUAAAACAAGAGAAAACCUCAUCACAAUCACAAGCAUCUUCAACAAAACAAGUCAAAGAAGAGAAAAUGUCAUCACGACCGCAAUCAUCUUCAGUAAAACAAGUCAAAGAAGAGAAAACACCAUCACGACCACAAUCAACGCCAAUACAACAAGUCAAAGAAGAGAAAAAACCAUCACCACCACAAGCAUCUGCAAAAAAACAAGUCAAAGAUGAGAAAACACCAUCACCACCACCACAAGCAUCGUCAAUAAAACAAGAAAAAAAAGAGGAAAAAAUAUCUCCAGUUCAAUCAACUAAGAAAGAACAAAAAGUAACAAAGCCGAAUGAUUCAAUUAAACAAGAAACUUCAUCGACUAAAGAUGUAACUCCUGCAAAAUCCAUAAAUAAUCAAGCAUCAUCACAACCAUUAGUACAAAAUGAAACUGUGGUUCAAUCUGCACAACCAGUAACAUCCUCUCUUGCAGCUCCACCUGGUUUUACACCACUAUUAUCCGUUGCUCCACCGCCUGGUUUUAAUCUAAUUCCACCUUCUCAACCAACUCCUCCUCCUCCUUCUUAUAUAGUUACUUCAUCUCAUGCAAAACAAAAGAAUGAAUUUCGUGCUAAACUUUUUGAUCUAUUCGAUGGAGAUAUGAAUUUAUUUGUUGAAUAUGAUAAGUUUUGUAAUGCAUUCGCUCAAAAAGAAAUAACAUCAGAUGAUUUCAUCAAAUAUACAAAACAAUUAUUUAAAGAUAAAAUUGACGAAUAUUUACUUGAAUUCAUUAUUAUUAUACCAAAUAUUGAACAACAAAAUGAACUUUAUACAAUAUGGAAAAAUGAUAUUCAUCCAUCAUCAACAGUAAUGAAUACAAAUAACUGGACACAGAAAAAAUUCGAUGAAAAUAAUAUUCAUAUAUGUCGAAUUUGUAAACAAAUUCUGCUAGAAACUGAUAUUGAUGAACAUAAUUCAAAUCAUCCAGAAUUCAAUACACAAUUUCCAUCAUUACCAGCAGCUGCUCUUCCUAUCGGUCGAGCAACUGGAAAGAAGAAAAAAUAA